GGCCAAUUGCAUUAAGUGGGGUCUGGGCACACGAUUCGAUGAGUUACGCUCUCUGAGAGAGCAGGUUACACUCUCUCUCUCAGAGAGCGUCGCUACUGGUUUUCGGGGUUGAAGAGAGCUGCCUACGUGCAGCGAGAUCACUGUCAUUCGAGCGAUCAAAUUGUAAAGACGUGUGUGUAAAAGUACUUAAGAAUAAAUAAAUAUUUAAUAAAACAUCCUGUCACAAACUUCAGAAGUGGGAUUGGGGAAAAAAUUUCCCCCAACGCCAGUGUGAUUAAAAUGGAUUUAAACAUUAGUGACAUAACAGUGGUACAAUUAAAACGGUGGCUGGAGGUGCUGAAAUUGUCGACAAAGGGAACGAAGAACGAGCUGUUUGCGCGGCUAGCCAAAGUUCCGGUAGAAGUUCGAGGAAGCGCUCCCGAAAAUUGUACCGAAAUGGAUCAACAAAUUUUGCAGCCGGACGUGGAGUCCCGUGAGCUGGACAUGGAAAGCGGCGAGGAGAUGCAGAUCGAAGUUCAGACUCUGGAAAAUUUGCGUGUCGAAAUUGCAAAGGCACAGAAAAAGCUGGAAAAUUUAAAUCGCCAGAUCGGCAACGAAGACACGGAGAAUGAAGGAGGCGAAAAUGCGCAACUGAGGAACAGAGACGGCAACAGCAGUUCCGAGAAUUUGGAGCAGAGCGUUAGAAGCUUCGAGAACACACAGCGUGGCGAUGACAGAGACGGCGAGAUAGGCGGCGGUAGAAGCGGCGGCAGCGGCGAUGACAGAGACGGCGAGAUAGGCGGCGGUAGAAGCGGCGGCAGCGGCGAAGACAGAGACGGCGAUAUGGGCGGCGGCAGAGGUGAAGGCAGAGAUGGAGAUAGAAACGGCGACAGACGCGAAGAGCGAGACGGCGAUAGAAGCGGCGUCAGAGGCAAUUCUGGCGAAAUUGGUGUGCAGCAAAACGGAGGCAGAUUUGAAACUAGCGGCUUGUUGUCACCCGGCUUUAACAUGGCCAGGGAAAUCUUAAUGGAUUUCACUGAGAAAGUGUCUGUGCGGUCGUGGAUUGCGCAAUACGAGAAUAUAUCAGCGUUAUAUUCUCUGUCAGACAUGCAGCGACGUGCUUUGCUGAUCAGCAAAUUGAAGGGAAAUUCGUUGGAAUGGAUGCAUGCUGAUGCAGGGCGGUUUGCGAAGCCUGUUAAUGAGUUGCUGGAACAACUCAAGUUGGCGUUUGGAGGCAUCGAGUCCAAGUCUGUCCUACGUCGCAAGUUCGAAGCGCGUAGUUGGUCUCCAAAUGAGCAGUUUGCCACAUACUUUGGCGAGAAAUGCAGACUGGCUCGAGAUGUCGCAAUGGACGAGGACGAACUACUGGAUGGGCUCGUGGAGGGCAUUCCAGUACUAAGCUUGCGUACACAGGCCAAGCUCCAAUGUUUUGAUGGCCCGGAGAGGAUGCUGAGGGCGUUUGCAGACAUUAGGCUCCCAGCAAGGGGGCCAGCCAUGGCGAAAUUGGCGGCAGCGAAGGCGGUUCCAGCGAGCAGCGAGACUCGUUGCUUCAAUUGCAACGCGAAGGGGCACUGGAAGAGGGAGUGCACUAAGCCAAAGAGGUCGCCAGGUUCGUGCUACGGAUGCGGCGCAGAGGAUCACCGGAUUGCUGAAUGCCCCGGAAAUAAGAAGAAGGCAGAAAACAAUUAUAGUGCCAAAUAGAUUCGGGAAGCCCAGUUUCAUUUAUUAAGCGUUCAUAUGUACCAGCGAAUAUUAAAUUAGAACCUCAAGAAGAGAGUUAUUUUGGAAUAAACAAAAGCUUAUUGAAAAGUUUUGGAAAAAUAUUAUGCUUUAUAUUAAAAAAUGAAAUAAAGAUUUGGUUUAAAUUAAUUGUAGUGGCUGAUGAAUCUAUGGGCUGUAAUAUUGUGCUGGGUAGAGAUUUUAUGAAAGUUUGUGGUCUAGAAAUUGAUUUGGAAGCAUUGAAAAUUGUAACUGUAGAGUGUGUUGAAACUGAUGUCGAGAAGAAAGCGAAAGAGCUUUCCAACAAUUGUAUGGAACUAAAAAAUGCAGGAAUAAAAUUAGGCGACAUAAAGUUAGGUACAAGAUUAGGAGAUAGUUAUUUGGAUGAACAGUUAGGUGAAAGGUUAGGUGAAAAGAAUUUAGGUAAAACUUUAGGUGAAAAGAGUUUAGGUACAACAUUAGAGGAAAAGAGUUUAGGUACAACAUUAGAGGGAAAGAGUUUAGGUACAACAUUAGAGGGAAAGAGUUUAGGUACAACAUUAAUUAGAAACAGUUUAGGUACAAGCUUAGGUAAACAAAGUUUAGGUACAAUUUGGAAUGAGAAUUUUGAAGGUACAGUUUUGAAUAAAGAUUCAUUGUGGAAUGCAUAUGAGGAAGAUGUAAGGAUAGGUGGAACAAACAAUUUCGAUGAGCAACUUUUAGGUACAAAGAAGUUAGAUGAACCAAUGGGAGUUUUGGAGGAAAAUUUUGAAAAGGAAAUGAUGCAAAUAAAUAUGUUAGAGCAUGAGAAGGAAGAAAGGGUUUAUGAUAUUGGAGAACAGGUUAGUUAUACAGACAAAAUAAAGUUAAUUGGAAUAUUAGAGUCGAAUUAUAUACAUGUUCCGAGACCUGAAUUGCCGAAAAGUAGAUGUGAAAUUAAUAUAAUUCUGGAGAACUCAAAACCAUUUAGUUGUGUACCUAGGAGGCUAUCGUAUAGUGAAAAGGAAGCGUUACAGAAAUUGUUAGAUGAAUACUUAGAAAAUGGAAUUAUUCAAAGUAGUAGGUCUGAAUACGCUUCUCCAAUAGUGUUAGUGAAGAAAACGAGUGGCGAGCUUAGACUAUGCAUCGAUUUCAGAAGGCUAAACAAAAUUAUGGUCAAAGAUAAUUAUCCAAUUCCUUUAAUUGAUGACUUAUUGGAUAAAUUGGUUGGAAAAUCGGUAUUUACAAAAUUGGAUUUAAAGAAUGGGUACUUUCAUGUGUUCGUGAACAAAGAUUCGGUGAAGUAUACAUCUUUUACAACGCCAUUAGGACAGUUUGAGUUUUUACGUAUGCCAAUGGGUUUGAAAACAGCGCCUCAGGUAUUUCAAAGAUUUGUGAAUGAUAUUUUUUCUGAUAUGAUUCGAGAAAAUAAGGUUAUAAUAUACAUGGAUGAUAUUUUAAUUGCAAGUCACGAUAUCAAAGAACAUUUAGAAAUAUUAGUAGAAGUAUUUAGGAGAUUAGUGGAAAAUAAAUUAGAACUUAGAAUGGAUAAAUGCAAGUUUCUACAAGAUAAGGUAAAAUAUUUAGGUUUCUUAAUUUCAAAGGAAGGAAUAAAAGCUGAUGAGAAGGGACUAGAAGCAAUAAAAAAUUUUCCAAUUCCGAGUAAAGUGCAAGCUGUACAAAGUUUCUUAGGUUUGUGUUCUUAUUUUCGACGAUUUAUAAAGGACUUUUCGAUAUUGGCAAAACCUCUAUAUGACCUGUUGAGAAAAGAUAAGACGUUCGAGUUUGGGAAAGCAGAGUUGGAUUGUUUUACACUUUUGAAGGAUAAAUUAGUAGCAGCCCCAGUGCUGGCUCUAUAUGAUCAUAGAGAUGAUGUUGAGCUUCAUUGCGAUGCGAGUGCGUUAGGUUUUGGAGCUGUACUGCUGCAGAGGAAGGAAGAUAAGAAACUACACCCAAUAUUUUACUUUUCGAAGAGAUCCACUCCGACUGAGGCGAAAUAUCAUAGCUUUGAGUUAGAGACGUUAGCUAUUAUUUAUGCACUUAGAAGGUUUAGGAUAUAUUUACAGGGUAAACCUUUCAAAAUCGUCACAGACUGUAACUCGUUAACAUUAACUCUGAAUAAGAUAGACUUAAACCCGAGAAUUGCGAGAUGGGCUUUAGAGCUACAGGAAUUUGAUUAUGAAUUGAAGCACAGAGCAGGUAGGCAAAUGCAGCAUGUCGAUGCACUUAGCAGAUGUAAUAAUGUUAUGAUAAUAGACGCAAAUACUUUUGAAGAUAACUUAAUAAUUUGUCAGGCAAGAGAUACGAAGCUAAAAGAAAUUAGGGAAAUUUUAGAGAACAGAGAACAUAAAUGGUUUGAGAUGAGGAAUGGGGUUAUAUAUAGAAAGGAUAAUAACAAUAGAUUACUGUUUUAUGUACCAAGUAGAAUGGAGCAACAUGUUUUGUACAAGUAUCAUGACGAAUUAGGGCAUAUUGGACGGAUAAGAUGUUAGACGCUAUUAGUAAAAGUUAUUGGUUCCCGAGCAUGAAAGAUAAGGUUUGUGAACACAUUCAAAACUGUUUGAAGUGUAUAGCGUUCUCUCCUAAAGUAGGUAAAGGAGAUGGAUUGCUACACAGUAUACCGAAAGGCAAUAAGCCAUUUGAGGUGAUACAUAUUGAUCAUUAUGGCCCAGUAGACAAUAGCAGAUCAAAGAAGCAUAUAUUAGUGGUGAUAGAUGGAUUCACGAAAUUUGUUAGGCUUUAUACUACGAAAACAACAAACACAAAGGAAGUUUUGAGCGCAUUAGCAGACUAUUUUCGGGCGUAUAGCAGACCUAGGUGUAUUAUAUCAGAUCGAGGAAGUUGCUUCACAUCAACGGAUUUUGCAAAUUUUGUUGAGGAAAGGAAUAUAAAACACAUAAAAAUUGCUACGGGAUCACCACAAGCCAAUGGUCAAGUGGAGCGAGUAAAUAGAAGUUUAGGACCGAUGAUUGCGAAACUUUCAGAACCAGAAAGAGGACUACACUGGGAUGUAGUAGUAGAGAAGGUAGAGUAUUCGUUGAAUAAUACACUGCAUAGCAGCAUUAAGCAGUUUCCCAGUGAAAUUUUAUUCGGAAUAGCCCAGAGGGGAGAAGAUAGUGAUGAAUUUAAGGAAAAGUUAAAAGAGGAAGAAAAAGUUAGAGAAACGUUAGAGGAUGAUGAUGAAAUUAUUGAGGAAAACAGGAGAAAUUUAGAACAACUAAGAAGAAAACUAGAAGGCGAAGAGGAAAUUGAAGAAAAUUUAGAAGGUGAAGAAAAAAUUAUAGAAAACUUAGAAAGUGAAGAAGAAAUCAUUGAGGAAAAUAGGAAAAAUUUAGAACAACUUAGACAGAAAGCAGAAGAAAAUCAAAGAAAGUCGCAGUUAAGAAACGAAACCUAUUACAAUUCGAAAAGAAAGCUGAAUUCAGAAUACAGAGAAGGAGACUAUGUAAUGGUAAAGAAUUUUGAUAGUACCGCAGGAGUUAGUAGGAAGUUAAUACCCAAAAACAAAGGACCGUACAUUAUUGGAAAAGUUUUGAGAAAUGAUAGAUUUUUGUUAAAAGACAUCGAUGGGUUUCAAUUAUCUCGAAAUCCAUAUCAAGGAGUUUGGAGCGCUAAUAAUAUUCGGCAUUGGAUGAAAGAUGAUAGUAAAUCUAGAUAAAUAAAAUUGAAACAGAAUGUUAAAGAUAAAAAUCAAGAAAAUUGUAAACUAAAAAAUGAGAAAAGAAAUUGUACAAACUAUAUGAAUUGUUAACUAAUUCUAAGACUAAAUUUAAGAUAUUUUUAGCCGAGAUAGUGGGCUAUCUCAAGGUCAGGAUGGCCGAGUUGUAGCAGGCCAAUUGCAUUAAGUGGGGUCUGGGCACACGAUUCGAUGAGUUACGCUCUCUGAGAGAGCAGGUUACACUCUCUCUCUCAGAGAGCGUCGCUACUGGUUUUCGGGGUUGAAGAGAGCUGCCUACGUGCAGCGAGAUCACUGUCAUUCGAGCGAUCAAAUUGUAAAGACGUGUGUGUAAAAGUACUUAAGAAUAAAUAAAUAUUUAAUAAAACAUCCUGUCACAAUUGUAA